CGGGCUGGAGGUAGAAGGUGGAGUUGAGCAGCUCUUCCAGCCUGCGGGGGACGUCAUUCUCCUGGUAGUACGCCAUCGCCUGCUGCUUCAGCUUCUGCAGGUCCCUGGUGAUCCCACAGCUGCGGCCGCUGCCUUCUUCCCCCAUGAUGGAGAGUGUCGGUGUAUACGGAUUCUGUGGGUGCAAAGGAAAAAGCAAAGUGAAGUGCGAUUCAAGGCGGGAAAUAGCCACAGCAGAAACGGCUCCCACAUCUGCAUAUCCCUCUCCGGCCCGGAGUCUCGGGGACACAGGAAUCACACCUCUGUCCCCUUCCCAUAUCUUGAACAAUGCUGACCCAGUCUCGGAAGAGCAGAUGUUUCUGGUGGUGGUGGCCAUCGACUUUGGGACCACAUCCAGCGGCUAUGCUUACAGCUUUACCAAGGAGCCAGAAUGCAUCCACGUGAUGAGGAGAUGGGAGGGAGGCGACCCCGGCGUUUCCAACCAGAAGACCCCGACCACUAUCUUGCUGACACCAGAGAGGAAGUUCCACAGCUUUGGGUACGCCGCCAGGGACUUCUACCACGAUCUGGACCCCAACGAGGCCAAGCAGUGGCUGUACCUGGAGAAGUUCAAGAUGAAACUCCACACCACAGGGGACCUCACUAUGGACACAGACCUGACAGCCGCAAAUGGCAAGAAAGUCAAAGCCCUUGAAAUCUUCACGUACGCCCUGCAGUACUUUAAGGAGCAGGCCCUGAAGGAGCUGAGUGACCAGGCGGGCUCGGACUUUGAGAACUCUGAUGUCAGAUGGGUCAUCACCGUGCCUGCCAUCUGGAAGCAGCCAGCCAAGCAGUUCAUGAGAGAAGCUGCCUACCAGGCGGGCCUGGCCUCCCCUGAGAACUCGGAGCAGCUCAUCAUUGCCCUGGAGCCCGAGGCCGCCUCCAUCUACUGCCGGAAGCUGCGGCUGCACCAGAUGAUCGAGCUCAGCGGCAAGGCGGUGGUCAAUGGGUGCAGCUCCAGUGACACAGUAGGAGCGGGGUUCACACAGGCUAAGGAACACGUUCGGCGUAACCGGCAGAGUCGGACCUUCCUGGUGGAGAACGUCAUAGGAGAGAUCUGGUCUGAGCUGGAGGAAGGUGACAAGUACGUGGUUGUUGACAGCGGUGGAGGCACUGUAGACCUGACAGUCCAUCAGAUACGCCUACCAGAGGGGCACCUUAAGGAGCUGUACAAAGCAACAGGCGGACCCUAUGGAUCUCUGGGAGUAGAUUAUGAAUUUGAAAAGCUGCUUUGUAAAAUAUUUGGAGAGGACUUUAUCGAACAGUUCAAGAUCAAGCGCCCGGCGGCCUGGGUUGACCUAAUGAUCGCCUUUGAGUCUCGCAAAAGAGCCGCUGCACCAGACCGGACGAAUCCCCUGAACAUCACCCUGCCCUUCUCCUUCAUCGACUACUACAAGAAGUUCCGUGGGCACAGCGUGGAGCAUGCCUUGAGGAAGAGCAAUGUGGACUUUGUGAAGUGGUCCUCCCAGGGGAUGCUGAGGAUGAGUCCAGACGCCAUGAACGCCCUCUUUAAGCCGACCAUCGACAGCAUCAUCGAACACCUCCGGGACCUGUUUCAGAAGCCCGAGGUGUCCACGGUCAAGUUCCUCUUCCUGGUGGGUGGCUUUGCAGAGGCCCCCCUUCUGCAGCAGGCGGUGCAGGCUGCCUUUGGUGACAAGUGCAGGAUCAUCAUCCCCCAGGAUGUGGGCCUCACCAUCCUCAAGGGCGCUGUUCUCUUUGGCCUGGACCCUGCCGUCAUCAAGGUGCGCCGGUCUCCCCUCACCUACGGCGUGGGUGUACUGAACCGCUACGUGGAGGGGAAACAUCCCCCCGAGAAGUUACUGGUGAAGGACGGCACCCGCUGGUGCACGGAUGUCUUUGACAAGUUCAUCUCCGCCGACCAGUCCGUGGCCCUGGGGGAGCUGGUCAAGCGCAGCUACACUCCCGCCAAGCCCUCCCAGCUGGUCAUUGUCAUCAAUGUCUACAGCUCUGAGCACGACGACGUCAGCUUCAUCACUGACCCAGGGGUGAGAAAGUGUGGUACGCUCCGCCUGGAUCUUACGGGGACCAGUGGCGCAGCGGUGCCUGCCCGAAGGGAAAUCCAGACCCUUAUGCAGUUCGGGGACACUGAGAUCAAGGCCACGGCCAUUGAUAUAGCCACCUCAAAGAGUGUCAAAGUGGGGAUCGACUUCCUAAACUACUAAUGUAACCACCCCUCCCCACCAUGAGCCCCCGGGACUCCUCUGCAUCCGCUGACCUUACUGUUCUGCCCCUGACCUUGACCCUUGCCAUCGCCCACCUGAAUUUCAGUAGGAAAGAUGAGAACCAGGGAGAGAAUUAACUAAGGACUUUUUUUUUUUUUUUUUUUUUUUUUUUUUUUUUU